UCUAUCCAUACCUUGAUCGAUGGUGUAAAGAAAUCAUCGCAAGGUCAUUCAAUAAAAAUGGAUGAUUGGGCAACUAGAUAUCCAACUUUAGUAGACGAUGUAGCAAAGGUGAUCAGUCAACUUGCAAGUUUUCAAAAACCCUAUCCUCCAAUCCUACAUUUCUCUUCGCAGAAAAUGUACACCAAGUAUUCAAUAACAGUGGUUUUUGCCAACUUAUUAAACCUACUCAUUGAUGAUUUGGUCAGAGUAAGUGAAGGUCCAAAAGCUGCUGAAAAUAUCAGAACUAGAGAUUGUCGGUUAAGCACCAAGUCAAUCGAAACACUUGGCAUAGAUGUUUUAACUUUCUCUUUUGAAGAUUGGUGGAAGAAUGAAUUUCCACCUGAAUUACCCUUGAUUGACUCUUGUAAACUAACUGAUAUUCUUAGUGAUCAUGCUUUUCUAUUUAUUAUUCUUUUUGUAUGA